UUCUGAUCCGCGGGAGCAGCCAGCGGCGGGAGAAGCGGUUAUGGGAGCUGGAACUGCCGAUCAAUCCUGAUCAAGAUGACAACCUCCCAAAAGCACCAAGAUUUCGUGGCAGAGCCCAUGGGGGAAAGCCUGGCCGGGAUUGGUGAAGUCCUGGGCAAGAAGCUGGAGGAAAGGGGCUUUGACAAGGCUUACGUGGUCCUUGGCCAGUUUCUGGUGCUAAAGAAAGACGAAGACCUCUUCCAGGGAGUGGCUAAAGGACACAUUGGCGCCAAUGCCAAGCAGUCCUGGGACUGCUUCGGGUGGUGCCUUGGAGAGUGGUGUGAUGCCUUCUUGUGAUGCUCUCUGGGGAGCCCCCAAUCCCUAACCCCAGCCUUGAGUCUCCAGAGUUUGCAGGUGACUGGGGGCUACUCCCUUGUCCUCUACAAGGGAAAUGAUUGCUGUCUGCUCACCACCAAUGGCCUUCGGGUUUCAGGGGAGUUCUCUCCCCUCACCAUUUCAACUUUUUUGGAAUUCUCACUCUUGCAUGCAUCUCCCUUCUCUUUCCCGCCAGUUUCAGGUCAACAACCAGCUUUUCUGAGUGGAUUUCUGGCCCCUACCCUCUCCUCUGGUCUGUUUAAUGACAUUUGGCUUCUCUUUUGGCAAAACAGUCACUGUCCAUAUAAAGUUUUUAAAAUCAAUAAAGUCAGUGGCCUUCCAAAAA